CGCAUGCGCCCGUAGCAGAGGGCUGUUUAAACGGUAGCGUGGAAGUUCGUUGAAACCGUUUGGUUAGAAUGGACCUUAGCAACGGCCGACCCGUUUUAGCAGGUGUUGUAGCAUAUGUUGAAGUAUGGUCAUCCAGCAGAACAGAAAACUAUUCAAAAGCCUUUACUCAACAGCUCCUUGAUAUGGGAGCAAAAAUUUCUAAGACUUUGAAUAAACAAGUUACUCAUGUGAUCUUUAAAGAUGGAUUCCUGUCUACGUGGAAUAGAGCUGAAAAAGCUGGAAUUAAACUAGUGUCGGUACUUUGGGUAGAAAAAUGCCGAGAAGUUGGAAUGCAUAUUGAUGAAUCAUUAUAUCCUGCAAUAAAUACUAAUGAAGGUUUACCUCAGUUUAUUAAAAAGCAUAAAUGCAUGCAGCCCAAAGAUUUAAUUGGAAAAACUCCAGAGAAAGAUCGUAGAUUACAAAAAAGAAUGGAAACUAUGGUUAAAGAAUUAGAAAUGCGAAGAGUAGCAGCAGAAACAGAAAUACCAGUUUUAUUAUUUGAAGAUGAUGGUUCACUGGUGUACAGCCCAGCAAGUAAAGUAAAGUAUCAGUGCAGUGUAAUGGAGAGAAGAAUAAAGGACAUGAAGGAGAAAAGAGAAAAUGUUUCCCCUACUGCUUCACAGUUAUCUCAGAAGUCUGACACUGACCCUGCUGUUGUGUCUACAACCACAACUUCAGCAUUGACUUCAGAACUUGAGAGUAAUCACCUUUUAAAUUCAAGUUUUGCCAAUUUGGUUGGAAGUCCUGAAACCAAGAACCUUGGAAAGAAAUCAAGCAACUGUUUAGCUAAUACUGAAAAUGUGAUGGAUGUUUCCAGAGCUGAAUUAUAUACCUCUUCUGAUUCCCCAAGUGACUCUCAACACACAGGCCUAAAGCGAUUGAGUGGUAAAGAUCUACGUAAAAAUUCAAUCCUCCCUAAUGACAAAGGAUGUGAUUUUCUUGUCAAAAAGUCAUUAAUUGAUAGGCCUUCUACUCCAGAAAGCAAAGAUGGUAUUGACUGGUUUUUAGCUAUUGCUGGUAAUCCCCUUCCUCAGGUGAAAAAUGUGGACCAUACAGUUUCUGUUGAAAAUCUGGUCCAUUGUGAAAUUACUGAAAAUAUCAACAACAGUAGCUCUGAGAAUGACUUUUCUUCAAUUAAUCUAAUGGAUACUCCAGUAACGACUAAAGAUUAUUCUCUUUGCAAACAACGAAAAUAUAAAAGGAAAUCAAGACUUAGACUGAAGGCUUCUAUAUCACAUGAUAAAGAACCUCAGAAUGAUUUCUUACUUGCAUUGCUUACUCCGAUUAAGUCUGCGAAAGAUCAAGAUUCUUCUUUUGAAGAUUGUUUUUCAUCUUCUAACUUUACUAAAAAUAAAAUAAGACCCAGCCUUCUUCCAUGUCAGCAAAAGUUACAGAAAGACAAGGAAAUUAAGUAUAAUUCUCCCAGAAGCAAAUUAGAAGGUAUGUUGCAAAAUUCUAGUCCAGUAAGUACAAGUUACAACAAAAAGAGAAAAAGAGUGACUGAGAUUACGGAGGAUGCAGUUAGUAAACCCAGACUAUCUACAAUUCUUCAAAGGAGAAAAACAGGUGUAAAUUGUACAUCAAACACUGAAAAUGGAAACAUAGUAGAAACAUCAGACUGUUUUUUAAAUUCCAACAUUCGGAAACCGAUCACAACCAGUUCUACAGCUGAUAAUGCCAAACUUUCAACGAGUGAUGCCAAAAACACUGCUUGUGAACCUUUGGGGAACCAUGUGAAUGAGCCUGAUAGGAAAUUAAAGAUUACUAGGAUCGAAAAGCCUUUGAGAACAUUAGUCAUGACAAGCAUGUCCCCUGAAAUGCAGAAAGUAACACUGCAGGUGCUGAAGAAGCUGGGUGGUUUUCUGACUUCUGAUGAAGUAUGCAAAAAUACAAGUCAUGUAAUUGCAGGGAGCCCCCGCCGGACUUUAAAUAUACUUAUGGGAAUUGCUCGAGGCUGCUGGAUUGUCUGUUAUGAUUGGGUUUUGUGGUCUCUGGAACAUGACUAUUGGAUUUCUGAAGAGCCAUUUGAAUUGUCAGUGGAUUUCCCUGGAGCUGCGAUUUCCCGAUUUCAGCACAAUAUUCUAAAAGAAAAAGUGUAUCAAAAACUCUUUGCCAAUCAACCUAUAAUGUUCAUAUCUCGCACAAGUCAGCCCCCCUAUCAGAAGCUCUGUGAGCUGGUACAGCUUUGUGGAGGAAAAGUAUGUAAAACCCUCCGUCAAGCUAAAAUUUGUAUUGGACAGAGCAAAGUUGGAAAGUAUGUGGAUAUGCAAUGUUUAUCAGAAAAAUGGAUUAUAGAUUCAAUCACCCACUAUAGGAUCUGCCCUCUUGAAAACUACUUGUUUCAGAACACGGUUUAGUCUGCAUGAAGGGUCAAUUAAUGCCAUAAAAUGUGGGUUUCAUCUAAGAAAUGGAACAAUUAAUACUGUUGUGUUUCAGGUUUGUGAGUGUUGAACAGGUUGAAAGCUAAAUGUAUAUAUUGUACAAACAAAAAAGGAUAACAUUGAAACAGGGAAGAAACAGCACUUCUAAAAUCUAUACACAGUCCAUGUCAACAGGCACUGAGUAGCACAUUUAAUAAAAAUCUGUCAGCUGAGCUAGAACUUGAGACAAUUCCCAUUCCUCCUGUGAUCCCUUAACCUCCAGAGCAGAAACUAUGUCACAUGCAUAGAAACUGCUCAUGUAAUGUUUGAUUUCGACCACUAUACUUAACCUAAAGAACUAUUUUAUCUCACUAAGCUAUUUACACUAAGUAAAUGGAUCCAUCUGAUAUAUAUUCAGUCAGAGCCAAUAAACUACGAAGACAUAAUAGAUGAAGCAGACUAUACUUUUUUUAAAAAAUCUUUAUAAACAGAAAAUCUUGUCUGCUGCUCUUUAUGAACUUUUCAGCAAAAUGCCAAUUGAGGGUUACUUAACAAACAAGGACCCAUCCUUCAUGGACAACAAACACAUGAACCCCUUUAUUAAGUAACUUGCUGCCAAAGCAGCAAUAUAUCAUGGUCUGAAACAGAAAUAUUUUAAUAGAAAGUGACAUGUGAACACAUGGUUCCCAGUAAACAGCAAAAUAGCUUUUUUUAAACUUAAGUUUAAAAGUUUUUCUAUCAUGGUCUUUUAGCUCUCAUAAAUGUUUUACACACAAAAACCUGUCAUCAUUAAUUUAUGUAACCAAACAUUCCAAAAUAGUUUUCUCAUAAAUUCUCUAGAAAUUAAAUUUUAAAUUGUGUAUAGGGGAAUCUCUGGGGAAAGCUGUUCAUUUUUAUAAAGCACAUAUGUAACACAUUUUACAGUGGGACGCCAAUAAAGGUAUUUUCAAGGUAUUUUCAAGGCUAAUGUCUGUUCAUUGUUGCUUUCAGCUGAGGAAACUUUUGCAAAUUUAGGUUUUAUACAUAAAACCAUCUCUGAUUUUAGCUUCUGACAAGAUCCUUUUCUCCAAGUGUUCAUGAGUGGUCAGAAGGGACUGACAAAGUGGAUUUCUUUUGUAUCUUUCUAUAAUAGUCAUUCGCAAAAAAGUCUCCAUUCACAAAACAGAGAGUUGUAUUUGUACAAACUAGGGAUGUACAGGUAGCCCUGGACUUAUGAACACAAUUGAGCCCAAAAUUUCCAUUGCUAAACAAGACAGUUGUUGUGUGACUUCUUCCCCAUUUUACGAUCUUUCUUGCACCAUUGUUAAAUGAAUCACUGCAGUUAGUUACAGCUGUUGAAUGAAUCUGGCUUCCCUCACUGACUUUGCUUGUCAGAAGAUUGCAAAAAAUAAUUGGGGGACCCUGGGACACAACAGCCAUCAUAAGGGGAUGCAGUAAUGGUCAAUGGUGUGAAAAACAGUCAUAAACCACUUUUUUCAGUGCCGCUGUAUCUUUGAACAGCCACU